AUGGAUAAGACCAAAAUACCAGUUGGUGGUCGAAUCACCCAAAUCCAUCUUCACAUUGCCCUCGGGAGCUUUAAGCACGAUGACUGUGAAAUAUCUAGUGACAAUUGUGGGUUAUUGGACAACGAACGGUAUGUUAAUGGAGUUAUCACAGAGAAUUUUACAUUAAUUACAAUAGAUUUGCUUUUAUGGGAUGACGAUAUGUCAGUUUUAGAGGUAUGCACCGCAUUACGGCUCAGGAGAGCUGGCGAAGACUGGCAGAAAGCAUCUCUGAGAUAUUCGAAUAGUCAGGCCAUGUUGCGUACGCACGUAGGAUUAACCUCCCCUCGAUAA